AUGGUGGCGCGCCACAUGGAACGGAAGGCUGACGAGGCCAACUACCUCAGUCCCGCAGAAGAGCCUCCCCACAAGAAGUCGCAGCCCCCGCCUGUUGUUCCUCUCCCUCACUCCCCCGCUACCGACGUCGGCAAGAUGGAUUCCGACGACGACUUCAACAGCUCCAUGAGCGGCGAUGACUUUGACGACCAGGACAGCGACAUGGGUCUGGAAGAUGACUCCGACUUCGACAUGGAACAAGAUGACGUGGGCUUCGAGACACAGGACAAAGACAUCAAGCCAACCAAGCAGGCAUAUGAGGUGGACUUCAAGGUGUUCGACCCGACGCAAAUCCAGGCACAGCAAGAUAAGCAGGUCGGUGAGGUGUCGAGCAUCCUCGGCCAGCCGCCCGAAGCCACCGCCAUCCUCCUCCGACACCUGCGCUGGAACAAGGAGCGCUUGAUCGACCAAUACAUGGAGAAGAUGGAUGAGGUCUUGGAGACGGCAGGACUUUGCCAAGACUCGACCACCAACCCACCCAAGAUUCAAAAGCUCCCGGGCUUCGUCUGCGACAUCUGCUGUGACGACAACCCGAAUAUGGACACGUUCGCCAUGAAGUGCGGACAUCGCUUCUGCCUGACGUGCUACAGGCAGUAUCUUGGCACCAAAAUCCAAGAUGAGGGUGAGGCGGCCAGGAUACGAUGUCCGGGUGAGGGCUGCACCCGAAUAGUCGACUCCAAGUCGCUAGACCUUCUUGUUACAGCCGACCUUCAUGAAAGAUAUCACACCCUCCUCACACGAACCUACGUCGACGACAAAGAGAACCUGAAAUGGUGCCCCGCUCCCGACUGUAAAUACGCUAUUGAAUGCCCGGUGAAGAGCAAGGAGCUUACAAGGAUUGUACCUACCGUACACUGCAAUUGUGGACACGCCUUUUGCUUUGGCUGUACGUUGAACAACCACCAGCCUGCACCCUGCGCUCUGGUCAAGAAAUGGGUCAAGAAGUGCGAGGACGAUUCAGAGACGGCCAACUGGAUAUCCGCCAAUACCAAGGAAUGCCCCAACUGCAACUCGACGAUUGAGAAGAAUGGUGGUUGCAACCACAUGACAUGUCGAAAGUGUCGCAACGAGUUCUGCUGGAUGUGCAUGGGCAAGUGGUCAGAGCACGGCACCAGCUGGUACAACUGCAACCGCUUCGAAGAAAAGAGUGGAUCCGAGGCACGCGAUGCGCAGGCCAAGUCUCGACAGUCGCUCGAGCGAUAUCUUCACUACUACAACCGCUUUGCGAACCACGAACAGUCGGCAAAGCUAGACAAGGAUCUCUAUCUCAAGACUGAGAAGAAGAUGCAGCAACUCCAGAAUACUUCGGGCAUGUCGUGGAUUGAAGUGCAGUUCUUGGACCAAGCGUCGCAAGCACUUCAGCAGUGUCGACAGGUGCUUAAGUGGACCUAUGCCUUUGCCUACUAUCUUGCGCGAAACAACCUCACAGAUAUUUUUGAAGACAACCAGAAGGACUUGGAGAUGGCUGUCGAAAACCUGAGUGAGAUGUUCGAGAAGCCAAUUGACCAGUUGAAAGACUUGAAGGUCGACAUUCUCGACAAAACAUCGUACUGCACAAAACGCCGCAUAAUCCUCCUGAACGACACAGCCGAGAACCUCAAGCUUGGCAACUGGAAGUUCAAUGUGGACCUAGCGUAGAACGCCAUAGGAACAUGGAGGUUGACACGCACGACAUGAUGGCCCACGCUAGUAACUCACGGUCGUAGCCUGCAAGAAACCAAGAUGCACACAACAUGCAUCACGCUCGACACUGUGUCGCGUACGUUUGAGGGAGAGGAAGGCAUCUAGUAGCAUGGGUAUUACGAAGCAGGCUGGCCGAAAAAUCCAUCGACUGGAAAGAUAUAUGUCUCAUGCAUGGUUAUCUCCCCAACGUGGUAUAUUGCAUACUUAGUGUAACUGGCGCUUAAGGUGUGGCGUUUUAUCCAGCAUGGAGUUGUACUAUCAGAUAGGUAUCAGCGGUUCAGCGGGCUAGGCUUAGCAUUGUCAAUUUUCUCUACUUUUCUGUUCUACUUUGUCUUCUU